AUGGAGGUGCCUUGGAUUGUUUUGCUAGUUUCGGUAAGGGUAUCCUUGGGCCAUCGCCCACUGUGGAUACUGGAAGAUGGGUUGACCAAAAGGCAAAGACUGGAUCGCCCAGAGGCGGAUUAUGAGACGACAACCAGGAUGUCACCCCUGAUGAUCCGGCGGCAGGGAAGGGGAGGGCGAGGGCCUGAGCCCGGACCCAUUACCUUUCUGGUUCGACAUGAAGAUCGGGAUGUACCGGCUCCGCUACCUCCUCCUCCUGCGCCUCCUCUUCCCCGGAGACCCAUCUCCUCGUUGCCCCAGCGACGCUUCAUGAGGCCCCAUCAUCGGCUGCAGUUGCCCCAUCAGUAUGUGCAACCAGCGAUACCGAAAAGCAGGAGUCACCGGCGAGCAGGAAGUCGUCAUCUGCCCGUUUUCGAUAAUGGUCCCGGAGAGAAUUCGAUGCAAUUGGGCCGGGAUAACUACCCCAUAUUCGUGUACAACGGCACCAGGGGGGAGCUUAUACUAAACACCAUGCUGAGCCGGCGCCGAUAUCCCAUGCAGGAACCAGUUCCCGGUCAAGUCCUUUAUCCACCAUCGACGCCCAUGUUCCGGCCCAAGCCGAUUGUCCAGCGAUUCCGUGUGCCAGGGCAACGGGAGAUGAUGAACCUAACGCUAAUACCCUUUUAUGCCCAUGAGGCGGUCAACGACCCGGGUUUGACUAGCACCAGCAGCAGCAGCAGCACUCAGCCCACGGUUAGCUCUACCACGCCAACGCCACCUCCUCCGUCGUAUGAGACACAGCUGCCCAGGAUCGAGGAAAUGGUGAGCCGCCUGGGCAAGCGGAAACGGAAGAAGGCCAAGCAGUACGAGGUAUUCCAUUCGCCCCAAGAAGUGAUGCAAUGGCAGACUGUGCUGCGUCGAUCCACUGGUCACAGCCACAACAAUCACCGGCAUUUCGCUGGUGAAAGUGGCGAAACUGGGGAACUGGUGGAGCAUCAGGAGCUCGUCGAGGAGGAGGAGGAGGAGGAGGAGAUGGAUGAACCAGACUGGCUGGCACAACAGGAAGCCGAAACGGAAGUGGAACUACCACUCGAGCAAACGGAGACCUCCACCACCAGCAGCAGGAGCAGCAGCAGCAGCAGCACUGAACCCUUCCAGAUCGUCUACAUCGAUGAGAGUCUGGAGCGACCGAUGGUAGAGGAGCAUCGAACCACCAGCAGCAGUCCACCACCACCACCACCAGUGCCACCACUUGUGCGACAGAGCUCUCGUUAUGCACUGAAAAGGGAAUACUAUGCCUUUCCAGUUUAUACGCUGGGUAAACUGCUCCAAAAUCCAUCCAAGAAUCUGCUCGAGAAGAGCGAUCGCUCAGCGAGAAGCUCAUCGGAACGGGAGUCCAGCACCUGGUUUAUCCUGAAUUCACGCUACAAGGGACCCCACCACCGCUCACUGGGAUCAUCGGAUAACCCGAUCAAGUACUAUACCUCCAAGUACAUGGAAAAUAGCUUCAGACCCCGCAGAUAG